GGUGGGAGUUGAUGGAUAUCAAGGGCGGAAAGCGCAUCACAGCAGCAGCAGCCAAGCGACGACUGGGCUGUUCCCUUUUAGCUCCUUCCCCAUUUCAUCCACCUCCUCCUUCUUCGUCAGUUGCUCACCAGACGCCGAGUCAAACGUCCACGGCUCUUUCUCUCUUCCCCCCAUUUGCCCCAAAAGUCGAAAUCAGUUUCUACUCCAAAGCCAACCGAAAAUUGCAAGUGUCUAUACAUCGAGUGCCGCACUGUGCUGCUAAUUGUGUGUCUCAUCAGUCAAUGAAUUCGAAUUGGCGGUUGUAACAAUCUGCUAUAGGCCUAAAUUACAUCUACUUUGAGACAGAACAAGAAAAAGAGUGUCAAGUGUCUAAUACGGUGUCGUCGUGCUGCUGUGCUGGUUGAUUCCGUCUAUCAAGAGUUUUGGCAGACGGCAAUUGUUACACAAGAAGAGUGCGAAAUAUAAAAAUUUGUAUCGAUCCAUCUGCUGCAUUGGCGGAUGACAGCAGGAAAAAAAGAUCCAUGGAUUGAAAUUUGGAUUUCCUACUCAACUGCCAUUGAUAUACGGCAUCUCCACUUUCCAUAUGACACUAGAGACCAGCCUUUUCAGCAGCAGUCUAACUGUCACUGCGCCACUUCAUCAGUUGUGAACUUGUGGUCGUCAAUCACAUCCCCCAACAGCAGCAGCAGAGCCCAUCCAUCCAUCCCAUCCAGCCCAUCCCAGCAGAGAGCCAUGCCGGAACAGAGUAACGACUACCGGGUGGUCGUUUUCGGUGCCGGAGGAGUCGGCAAAUCUUCACUCGUCCUCCGAUUCGUCAAGGGCACCUUCCGCGAGUCUUACAUCCCAACCGUCGAGGACACUUAUCGCCAAGUGAUAACGUGCAACAAGAAUUCCAUCUGCACCCUGCAGAUCACCGACACGACAGGGUCGCACCAGUUCCCGGCCAUGCAACGGCUCAACAUUUCAAAGGGCCACGCCUUUAUCAUGGUCUACUCCAUCACGUCCAGGCAAUCCCUCGAGGAGCUCAAACCCACCUGGGAAAUCAUCCGAGAAAUCAAAGGUUCGCUGGAGAAUGUGCCUCUGAUGUUGGUGGGCAACAAAUGCGACGAGACGGACGCCAGAGAACUGACGGCCAAGGAAGGCGAAGAACAGGCCAGGCAAUGGUCCUCCCACUUCAUGGAAACGUCGGCCAAAACCAACUACAACGUCAAGGAACUCUUCCAAGAGCUCUUGAGUUUGGAUAAGAACCGAGCCAUGUCACUUCAACCGGAUUCCAAGAACAAGGCCAGUCGCUCGGCCUCGGCUCCACCGGGAACAUCUGGCGCCGGAUCGUCGUCGGAGAAACUCAAGGACAAGUGUCGUCUGAUGUGAAUUUAUACAUACGCGAUUAUUCCUCAUCAGACUCCUCCUCCUUCCACCAUAUUCCCACACUAUAAACACACACGUCUACACACUUGAUCAACGUACUAUACUAUAUUAUAAAUAAGACUGAACUGCUAUAAAUUCGAUUCCAAAUGGGCUACGUACAUCGAAAUUUCGUUUAUUACAUCAUAUUUCAUCAGCACUCAAUCCAUCGGUAUAUAUAUUGAUUGAUAUGAUAUUAUUAUAAUAUACAGUCAUUGAUGGGAAUCAGCUUCAGAAGCUGUGAUUGGCACGUUAUUGUAUAGGCUGGCUGCGUUAUGGGUUUAGGCUUUAUUUUGUAAAAAUAAAUAGUUACGACGACAUGAUAGUAUACCCGAUCAAAAGAAAUCUGUUUUUUUCUCUUUUAAUUACAUAGAGACUUUUAUCAUUCAUCUGACAGAUGUAGAAGCCCGUGUACAGAAUUUUGAUUUGUUAUUUUAUUCAAAUUCAAAUUGUCGAUACCACAUCAUUCGCGUCCGCUUAUUUAAAAAAACAAAAACAAAAUGACUAUACCAAAUUUUACAGGAAAUUCACAUAUAUCAAUCAAAGAUAUUGGUACGUGUAUAAUAGGCUUAGCCUACAUCAUUUCAAAAAAUGUGUAAUACAAAAUAGAGAGAGACACAGACGAGAGACUAUUAUGGAGCUCAGCAUUCGAUUGGUUAUUAUCAUUUUGUCCCAGACAAUUUUGUAUCAUAGGCAAUUAUCAAACACUAUCAAUGAUGUAAUAAUAAUAAUAAUAAUAAAUAGCCACUUUCGCGUUUCCCCUCAAUAUAUACCUUUUUGUAUAAUCAUGAUAGGGCAGAGCAGGUUAUUAAAUAUUAAAAUACUCGAAGCGCAUGAUGGGAUAUAUAUAAAUAGACGUAAACUUUCCGGAUAAAUUAAUUGUACAAUAUGCCAACAUCAUCACCACUAUAAAUUACAUUAAAAAUUAUAAUUCGAUAUCUAUUUAUAUGCUGCUGUGCGGUUUAACUCCUUCAUUAACCUUUUUUUCUCUCGUCGUAUAAUAAUAAUAAUAUACAUAUAAAUAUCUAUAUCCCUCACACUUCCUAUACAUUAUUAUUAUUGUUAUUAUUACGAUGUUUUGUAUACUCAUUUCCUCCCGCUCUCGAUUUUUUGUAAACCUCACGGAAAUGAUAGACGAAGACGAGACAAACAGACACACAAAAAGAUACAAAGAAAAAAAAACAUUUCUAUGAAAUUAGCCGGGUGCGGUCUCUAUAUUAAAAAUGAUUGUUAUUAUAAGGUAUACAUUUCAAUAUAUGAUGUAUACUCUCAGCCACUCUGCAGCAAUUUUCCAUGUAUUAUUCUCUAUUCCAUCAUAUUAUUACCCCCUCCCCUUUCUUUCUAUUCAACUUCUAUAUAUUGUGUGUGUCAAUUUCUAUUCAAAUAUCAUCAUCCAACCAAUAUCCUCUUUUAAUGGACUGAUUGUUCGUUAUUAUUCAUUUGAGUUUUCGUUGGACAUAUUAUCUCGACAAUUCCUCUUCCUCUCUCUCUCUCUCCUCAAUUUCGUAUAAAUAUAAUAAUAAACUCAAAAUGAUUACAAA